AUUAGCCGAACGUCACAUCUGACGGGGACGUUAAUUUGUGCUCACAAACUAGAUUUCAGUCUUUGGGCAAAGUGUAACGCCUCAAUUUGUUCUCUUUAGGAGAUAAACAGAGUUUAGUUCUGCUGUAUUUGUAGUCCUUCGAUGACAGCAACUCGAUUAUUUCAUUUCCCUUGCGGUAAUCGAUAAAAAUGAAGGAGUUAGUAGAGGAGAUGCCUGAUGAAGGAUAUGGAUGCGCCGUUGCUAAUCGUUUCGGCCGACUGCUGGACGAUGAAUCCGACCCUUUCGACAUCUUAUACGCGGCAGGGGUGGAAAAGAAACCGAAGAAGAAGAAAGAGGAUCCAAAGAAAACGAGUGUCCGAUCAGAAGAGAAGCGCAGCGGCAGUGGAUCUCGUAACUGGGGCUCGAUGAGAGACCAUAUGAGUGAAAUUGAAGAGGGGUCACCUAGUGAAGAGGUCGCUGAAAAUGAGGAGACCCAAGAGGCAGUUGAGACUGAUGGCGAAAACAGACCAUCUGAGACCGAGGAAGUGAUUGAGCUUGCCCUCGAGAUGACACUGGAUGAGUGGAAAGCCCAACAGGAGCAAAGCAGGCCUAAGGUGGAGCUGAAUAUCCGUAAGGCAGACACCUCUGUGCUGUCCAAGGCCGUGGUCAUCCAUAAGUCCAAAUUCCUUCAGAAACAUCAUAAUGGCUUGGAUGAAGAGGAUGUGGUUUUCCGCCGCCCGGCCAAUGACAUCACUUGUCAACUGGAGAUCAACUUUGGCAGCCUGGCUCGGCCCUCUCGUGGUGGGAGGGGAGGACGAGGUGGUCGUGGCCGUGGGGCUCCAUCCAUGCCAUCCCAAAGAUCUCCACAAAAACUUGAAUCUGCUCCAAACCCAGAUGAUCCAGAAGAUUUCCCUGCACUGGCCUAGAGCUCCUCUGGAGGUAUAGAGUGAGGAUCAAACUGUUCUGCAACCCAUGUUGGUAACUCUGAAAUGGGCAAUGUGCACUUAAAAUGAACAAAAAUAAAGCAUGCAUAAAGUUGGUCCUUUGCAGUUGUCAUCGUGUAUAGUUCUGUAAUUUUUGCACUUGUUUGGGUUUACUAUUUUAAGAGGAUGGAGCAGUAGUUCGUUCUAAAAUAAAGCAUGCUGUUAAAGGCA